GCCACAUCUCCGACACUACUCCGGGGCAACGGGCUUUCCUCCCACAGCAGUCGCCCUGCAACCACGCAGAGACUGGCAAGAGGACGCAGGCUGGUUGCAGGGACAGGCUCAAGCUUCAGUACGUGCGGAGCUGCGAGCUGAUCUUCUCACAAACUGCUGGAGGAGUCAAAAGGCAGCUCUUGACGCACGCACGCAUGCAUGCUGCUGUUUUAAAGGCUGCAUAGCCCAGCUGGGAGAGUGACGGUGUGGUGCAUGGGCAUGUCCUGAGGAGGCCAGUGGCAGCAGGGGGAGGUAAGCAGGGCAGCAGGGCUUGCACAGCCCCCGUGGGAAAGCCAGGCUGCGGGGGGCACGUCUAGAGGGCCAGAGGCUGUCCUGCUGCCGGGAUGCCCGUGUGGGCCCAGGCAGAGCAGGGCAGCAGGCAUCCCGCAGGUAAGCAAGAGGUGCUUGGAGAGAAUUAUUCCUGUUUAGAAGGAAACAGGAACAGCGCCCGGUUUGGUUUCUUGAUGACAAGCAGUGUGGUGGUGGUCUUCUUUGCUGGGUGAACUGUGGGAGCGUCAGAUGUUUCUUCUCCAGAGGAGAGACGGAGAGGUGUUUGGUAUGCCAUGGGAGUACCUUGCAGGGGCAAGCGUGGGGGCAUCUUUCCCUCUCUGGGUCCAUGGAAUGAUUCUAUGAUUCCACUGCCUACAGCCUCCUCUGUUUGGAUGAACCGCCCAAGUUUAUGCUGCGGGCAAGUGAUGCGUGCAGCCCGGCCCCAGCCACAAAGACGGCAUGUGUCAGGGCUCAGCAUGAGCCAGGAGCUGCCUGGGGAGCCAAGGGAGCUGCCAGGGCUGUCGGGGCCGUGGCGUGGCCCUCCAGGGCGCGUGCCACCUGCCCCCAGAGAGGGAGAAGGGCAGGUUGGGACUGGGAGGGGGGCAGCCCUGAGCCCAGGCCAUCCAGGCCCCUCCGCAGUGACGGGGCCAGGCCAAGGUGGGCCGUGCAGUCAGCCUGCGAGUCGGGCUCUGGGUCGGGGGAGACCAGCGCUGCUACGGCCUUGCUGGAGCACAGAGAGAGGGCCCCGAGCAGAGCAGGGUCCCGUUUGCACUUUGGGGACGAGAAGUGAGGGCAAGGGCUGCACUUGCCAGGGAAAGCGGGGAAAUUCUCUGCUCUUCCCCGGGACGGUGACACCUCUGUGCCCGUGACCUCACGAGCCCCCUCUGAUGGCACAGUGAGGCUGAGGUCACAGUGGGACGCGCUGCAUCACAGGCAGGUCUCCCCGGGCCCGUGGCGGUGUCCGCACUCGCCUGCGAGGCCCAGGCGCUGGCCAGCUGCUGCUCGCUGCUGCUCUUUGGAGCUGCUCCGCAGCCAGGCGAGCACGCCGGAGGCAGCAAGGGCACGCAGGAGGGGCCUCUCGCCGUCAGGCAGAGGAGCAGGGGCACAUUGGACAGGAGUCUUGGGCGAGGAGACAAGAAGAGCGUCCUUUUCCCCUGCCUGGAGAGGCGAGCUAAGGGCAAGGGAGCAAGGGAGAUGGAGGGCUGCUGGACCGAGACCAUCAGCCCCGACCAGAAGUCCUUGUUCCCAACGCUCCUGCAGCUCUCCGCCAAAGAGAUUAUUGCUAUUUGGGACGCCGUGUCCAACUACAUCCUGGAAGAGAUGAUGCGGGACAAGGGUGUCCUGCUAGAGGGGCUCGGCACCUUUGGCACGGUCCGAGAGCCACUGCGCCUUGGCAAAAGUGACGUGCUGAUGGUUCGAAGGCCUGUCUUCCAGCUGGGCAUGGACAUGGUCUGGCUGCAGGAGCCCCAGCGCCCCAAAGUGACCCUCCCUGACACCAUCAAGGUCAAGCCGCUGAAUUACCGGCACUUGUCCCGGGCCACCUCCUUCUCGAGGCGCGUGGUGGAAGACUGCGUGGAAGAGACCAUCCGCUUGUUCUCUUCCCAUGUGCGGAACAAAGAGAAGGUCGCCUUUGCCUUCAGGGACAUCGGGCUUCUCACUUGCCAAAAGGACCAAGUGCGCAUGAGGUUUUAUCCUCACUGCACACAGCGGCUGGAGGGCACUGCAAGCCUGGCUGCAGCCCACUGCAGCAAACGGCAGAUGACACAUUUGUCCAUCUCCGGCAGACCUGCUGCUCUGGGGAGCCGGCCUAGCCCUGUGCACGUGUUCCCGAGGUUUCAGCUCUCUGUGCAAGGCAGCCCGGAGGCCCACGCUGCCCCUGCCGGCAGCCCACCAGAGGAGGAGCUGGAGGAAGAGCUCGCGGGCGUCAGGAGCAGCAAAGGUCAGGGAAAAGCUGCCUUCAGACCCGAGCAGCGUCCUGGCAAGCUCCUGCAGCACCGCGAGGAGCUUUCUCUCCCCAUGCUGCCAACCUGGGGGGAAGGCAGGCAGCGGCAAGGCCUGGAGAGCAAGCCUGCUGCCAGGAGCCCGAGGAAGCAGACAGCCCCCAUCCUGGGCACCACUCUGCAGAAGGAAGCUGCCCUUAAGUACCUCCCACAUCCUCCCGCCGGACCUCGGAGCCGCUGUGCCCCCGCCACUCCCACGGGUGCAGCACAGCAUGCAGCCUGCCCUGCCACGCAGAGCUUCGGGACAGCUGCCCACGGCUCCCUCUCCAAAGACAAGCAGAGGCAGCACCAAGCACUGCGGGAGGAGCAGCAGCUCUCUGCACUGGAGAAACGCGCCCGGCGCCAGGCCCAGAUCCCGCUGCUGGAGAAGCAGUUUGACCUUGAGCAGCGGCGUUGCGCGGACACCGACGUGCUGGGGAGGCCCCCCCAAAGGCUAGUGUCCCCACAAGCACUGCAGAACAUGCAGCUGAUGACUUCCUACAAAGUCCUUCGGGACAGGUGGAAGGAGCGAGUGGAACAAAACAGACAGUGGCUGAGGAAGGAGGAGGAGGAGCGCCGCGCUUCGGUGAUGAGCCGCCUCCGGAGCAGAGAGCAGCAAGACCGCGCGCUGGGCGCUUACCACCAAAAUGGCUUUUAUGCCUGGAAAUAAAGGGGCUUUCCGAGUUGCUGUGA